GCAGCCCGGGCAGGGCCGCCCGCGGGGCCCGGGAAGCGGCAGCAGGGCGGGCGGGACCCCGCUGGCCCCGGCGGAGCGGAGCGCAGGAAGGGCCAGGCCAGCGCUGGGGAAGGACGCCGGGGGUCCAGGCCCACAGCCCGUGCACACUCCCUGAUGGUGCCACCCCCCACCGCCAGCUCUGCCCCUGCAGCAGCAGCGGUGCCGGGAAUUCGUGCUCCUGCCAGGCUGGGGGGCGGGCGGGGGGAAAGCUCAUCCCAGGGUCUGUCGCCGCCCUGAACCCCAUGGCCACUUAAUACUUCACCCAUUAACUUGGACUAAUAAACCUCGUGGGAGCGAGAGGCUAAAAGCCGUGCUUGCACCAGCGCCGUCUCUGCCAGUGCCACUCCUGCUACCCGCCAUGGCAGGCGGCUUCUUCAUCAGCAAGACCGUGGGCAUCGUGGCCAUUGUGCUGGGCCUGGGCGCUGUGGCCACCAUCAUUGCACUCUCGGUGGUGUACGCCCAGGAAAAGAACAAGGGGGCAUCAGAUGUGGGUACCAGCACCACGGCCAGCCCUGGCACCAGCGCCACGGCCAGCCCUGGCACCAGCACCACGGCUAGCCCCGGCACCAGCACCACGGCCAGCCCCGGCACCAGCACCACGGCCGGCCCCGGCACCAGCACCACCACCCCUGCCUCCAACAACCCCUGGAACCGGUGGAGGUUGCCGAACACACUGAAGCCGGAGUUCUAUGAGGUGUCCCUGCAGCCCUUCCUGAAGCCCGAUGCCAACAACAUGUACAUCUUCAAGGGCAACAGCAGUGUGGUCUUCAUGUGUGAGAAGGCCACCGACCUCAUCCUCAUCCACAGCAAGAAGCUGAACUACACCAUGCAGGGCUCCUUCCAUGCCACCUUGCAGGCAGAGGGUGGUGGCAAUGCCCCUGCCAUCUCCCGCACCUGGCUGGAGACUCCCACCCAGUACCUGGUGGUGCAGCUGGACGCUCCCCUGCAGCAGGGCCAGCGGUACCGGCUGUCCAGCAGCUUCACCGGGGAGCUGGCCGAUGACCUGGCUGGCUUCUAUCGCAGCGAAUACACGGACGAGUCAGGCAACAAGCAGGUGGUGGCCACCACGCAGAUGCAGGCGGCUGACGCACGCAAAGCUUUCCCCUGCUUCGACGAGCCGGCCAUGAAAGCCAACUUCACAGUGACGCUGAUCUACCCCUCCAGCUAUGGGGCCAUUUCCAACAUGCCUGCCAAAAACACCGGUGAGCAGGUGAUUGAUGGAGAGACCUGGAAGGUCACUGAGUUUCACACCACUCCCCGGAUGUCCACGUACCUUCUGGCCUUCAUUGUCAGCCGGUUCAAAGCUGUGGAGAGAUCAGAGAAGACACUGAUUCGCAUCUGGGGCCGCCCCAAAGCCAUCGCUGAGGGCCAGGGCGACUACGCUCUCAAUGUCACUGGCCCCAUCCUCAGCUUCUUUGAGGACCACUACAACACGCCCUACCCGCUCCCGAAGUCUGACCAGGUUGGCCUCCCCGAUUUCAAUGCGGGCGCGAUGGAGAACUGGGGGCUGGUGACCUACCGGGAGAACUCGCUGCUCUUCGAUGCUGCGUACUCCUCCAUUGGCAACAAGGAGCGGGUGGUGACCGUCAUCGCCCACGAGCUGGCACACCAGUGGUUUGGGAAUUUAGUGACGCUGCGGUGGUGGAACGACCUGUGGCUGAACGAGGGCUUCGCCUCCUACGUGGAGUACCUGGGUGCUGACUUCGCUGAGCGCUCCUGGAACAUUAAAGACCUGAUGGUGCUGAACGAGCUGCAUGCGGUGAUGGCGACAGACGCCCUGGCCAGCUCCCACCCGCUCUCCUUCCGUGAGGAGGAGAUCAACACCCCAGCCCAGAUCAGCGAAGUCUUCGAUAGCAUCUCCUACAGCAAGGGAGCAUCGGUGCUGCGGAUGCUCUCGAGCUUCCUUGGUGAGGAAAUCUUCAAGAAGGGGCUGCAGUCCUACCUCCACACCUUCUCCUACAACAACACCGUCUACACUGACCUCUGGGUCCAUCUGCAAGAGGCGGUGAACAAGAACAACGUCCAACUGCCUGACAGUAUCAGCAACAUCAUGGACCGCUGGACGCUGCAGAUGGGCUUCCCUGUGGUGACUGUUGACACCCAGAGCGGCACCGUCAGCCAGACCCAUUUUCUGCUGGAUCCCACAUCUUCUGUGGACAGACCCUCUGUCUUCAACUACACCUGGAUCAUCCCCAUCACCUGGAUGACAGACAGUGGCCCUGGGAACGGCAUCUACUGGCUGACCAAAGUCACAGCCACCAACAACGACUUCAGGCUCAACAGCCCCAGCUGGCUCCUGCUGAACCUCAAUGUCACUGGGUACUUCCGUGUCAACUACAACCAGGAGAACUGGGAUCAGCUCCUCAAGCAGCUUGACACUAACCACAUGGUCUUCCCUGUGAUCAACCGUGCCCAGAUCAUUGACGACGCCUUUAACCUGGCCAGGGCCAAGCACGUCAGCGUGACCUUGGCUCUGAACACGACACGGUUCCUGAGCCACGAGACGGAAUACAUGCCCUGGCAGGCAGCGCUCAACAGCCUCCAGUACUUCCAGCAGAUGUUUGACCGCAGCGAGGUCUUUGGGGCCAUGUCGAAAUACAUGCGCAAGCAGGUGACCCCUCUCUUCAACUACUACAAGGAAAGCACCAAUAACUGGAAGGAACUCCCCAUUGGCCUGAUGGCCCAGUACAACGAGGUCAAUGCCAUCAGCACCGCCUGCUCCUACGGUGUCACUGAUUGCCAGAAUCUGGCCACCGACUACUUGCACCAGUGGCAGAAUGGCUCCACCAACCCGGUCCCCGCGAACCUGCGCUCAGCCAUCUACUGCAGCAUGGUGGCCACGGGCGGGGAGGAUGCCUGGAACUUCCUCUGGGAGAAGUUCAAGGAGGCCCAUGUGGUGUCUGAGGCUGACAAGCUCCGCACAGCCCUCUCCUGCAGCCCCCACCCCUGGAUCCUCAACCGGUACCUGCAGUACACCCUCGACCCCACAAAGAUCCGGAAGCAGGAUGCCACCUCCACGAUCAACAGCAUUGCCAGCAACGUCGUGGGCCAGUCCCUGGCCUGGGACUUCAUCCGUGGCAACUGGAGGACGCUCUUCACCCAGUAUGGGGGCGGCUCCUUCUCCUUCUCCCGCCUGAUUUUAGCUGUGACCCAGCGCUUCUCCUCAGAAUUUGAGCUGCAACAGCUGGAGCAGUUCAAGAAGGACAACCAGGACAUCGGGUUUGGGUCGGGGACACGGGCGCUGGAGCAGGCGCUGGAGCGGACCCGCGCUAACAUCAACUGGGUGAAGGAGAACCAGGCCACGGUGCUGGACUGGUUUGAGAACGCGAUCAAGAGCAGCUAACAGGCGCCUGCACUUCCCUGGCCACCAGGACGGGCCCUCGGCCACUCCCUCACUCCAUCCCCCCGCACUGCCAGGGAGGGGCUGACGCCUGGAUGAUGGGCACUGGGAACUUGGGGGGCUUGGCGGGGGGGAGGUCGGGCUGGUGUGCUCUGGGCUGUAAAUAAAAACUUGCCCGGUUUCCAGGGG